CCCAGUGUUUCCCCCACACGUCCUCUCUGCCAGGAUCGCCGUGGACAUCUGUGGUCGGAUAUUGCUCCCUCGGAAAGCCUCUCAGACCCCAACAUGGUAUCUCAGGGGAUCCAGAUCAUGGGCUUCUCCCUGGCGCUGAUUGGCUGGUUCCUGGUCAUCAUCGUGUGCGCCUUGCCCAUGUGGAGCGUGACCGCCUUCAUCGGCGCCAACAUCGUGACGGCACAGACGAUCUGGGAGGGCAUGUGGAUGACCUGCGUGGUGCAGAGCACGGGCCAGAUGCAGUGCAAGGUCUACGACUCCAUGCUGGCUCUGUCCCAGGACCUGCAGGCGGCCCGCGCCAUGGUGGUUAUCUCCAUCUUCCUCGGCGUCAUCGGCACCUUCCUCUUCGUCGCCGGCGGGAAGUGCACCACGUGCAUCGCUGAGGAGCGCUCCAAGGCCAAGGCGUGCAUCGCCGCCGGGGUCCUGUUCAUCGCGGCGGGCCUGCUCUGCCUCAUCCCCGUGUCGUGGUCGGCCAACACCAUCGUUAGGAACUUCUACAGCCCGGCGAUUCUGAACAGCCAGAGGCGCGAGCUGGGGGCGGCGCUGUACAUAGGGUGGGGCGCGGGCGUCAUGUUGGUGCUGGGAGGGGCGCUUCUGUGCUGGAACUGCCCGGCCAAGGAUGAGGUGCCAAAGUACAGCCCCAGAUACCUGCCCCCCCAGUCCAGAUCCUCGUCCCGAGAAUACGUCUAGGGCACGGCGAUGGCACAUCCAGGUUCGGUUCCAGGAACCGGGUUUUAGGCUUUGGGCGCAGAAGCAAUGGUUUCACAGAGGUGGAUUUUGAGUCCUGCAAUCCUGAAUCAGUAACACUUGAGAAGAGAAGACCUGGAAUUUUGGAUGUUCAACAGGCCUGGUCGUCGCUGACUUAGCACUUGCGCACGGUUGAGUCGUUAUACAUUUUGAUUGCGACAUGCAUGUGGUUUUUAUAUUCAACAGAAAGAUAGCAAUAUACGGCGAAGAUACAAUCCUUGAUUACAUUGUUGUCAAUGCCUUUAUCAAUCAAUAUUCAUGACCAUCUGUUAAGGAGAUGUUUGAUUCCCAGCUGAGAGGAUUUGUGCAGGGAGGAGCUUGUAUGUUCUGGUUGCAUGAGUGCUCUUCGCUCCUCGCCUGAUUGCAGAAACUAAUUAGCCUUUGUGAUUCGGACCGGUGUCCCAUUCAAGGGGUCAGCCUGCCUUACCCCCCCCCCCCCUCCAUAAACCCCCUGAUUAGAUCCCAAACUGGGAGGGGAAAUCAAAACCAAUGAAUAGACGAAAGGGAAGAUUUGUUGAUUGAUGAUGUCAUAUUCAUAGUUUGUUGUUGUUUGACAAACGUUACAAACAAAAGACAAAAAAAUCUUUCCAAUAUUUUUUCUAUUUUCUCUAAAGUUUCUAAAGGAUAGUAAAAUAGUUAUACCCUCACCCUAACCCAUCAUCAAUUUGUUAGAUUGAUGAACUCAACAUAAAACGUCUGUUGUUCUCCAAAACAAACCUUUAAACCGAAAAACUAAAAAUGUCUUUCAAGUUAGUGUAGCAUAGUAGAAACGGUUGUUUCCAUUGUGUUUUCAUGUUUAAAAUGUUUUUCUCCAAGCUGUUUUGCUAGUGUUGUAACUGUAAAUAAACCUUAACAAUGAGUGUGAGGACUGAAAACAUAUCUACUUACAAGUACCAUGAAGAACAAGAAAAUCCCGUUGUACACUGUUCAAUGGCUGGAAGGUUAUGUUUCAAAUUCAUUUAUAAAUAAUAAAUGAAUUAUUAAAAUGUU